GCCCCUCCAUGACCCGGUAACCUUACAGGUGCCUCGUCCGUUGCCGUGACCCAAUUGCCUGUUAGGGUGCCACCUCAGGCUUACACUAGAAGGCACGCGCUAAGGGGCUCACUGCUCCGUAACCCGUAACCCAAGACAGGGAGGGAGCAAGUCCAAGCUUGCCCCCAAGGGGGAACUUCAACCUUCUACUCUUCGAAACAAAGACCCAAUUCCUGUCGCUGCCAGCCCCCGAUCGUCUACCACACCGGCAGCCUCCGUGACGCCUGUUGUGCUUCUUUUUAACUAGCAGGAAGCAGCCAUGCCGGGCGCUGACGGGGCCUCGGCUGGCAGUGACCAACACGCUUCGGCCUCGAAUGCAACGAAACAUGGAGCGCCCGCCGCAACGCCCGCAGCCGACCCGAAGACGACUGCCAAACCCGUCACCGCCGCCAUGGCUGUGGAGCUCGACGACUUUGGCCUGCCUGUAAGAAAAUACCCCGCUCCGGAGGUGCCAGGGCCGAGGGAGCGUGUAGCUCCCGCAGGCACCGCUGGUGAGCCCGGUCAAGCAACCGCGGCCGUGCCGAGGGAUAGCAAGGAUUCGGUCCAGAGAUCCGGCGCCGAACCUCCGGACGCAGCUCGGAUAUCUACGGCUGCAUCUGCCGCUGAACAUUCGGUAUCGGAGAAGACCCAGCCAACACCACAACCACACGGCGAAGCAAAGCUUCCGGCUGUCACAUCCGACGGUGCGAAGCCAUCCGUCAACGGCGGCCCGGAACCAGCCGGCGGAACAGACGAAAAGGCGGCGAAAACGGAUGUCCAGGAAGACCAAGCAGUGUCCGAGGCGAGAAAAACCGAAGUAGUGACGACAGACCCGAAGCACGACACUAGCAAGAGGGAGAGUGGGGUCGGCGUUUCCGGGUAUUCACACCAGCAGCUUACGUCGCAGCAAGCCGAAAAAGAGGAGGACGAUGACGGCGGGUGGCAGACCAUGCCGGCGUAUGCGCCGUACGACAUAUACGACGACAACAACAAGCUGAUUGCCAAAGAGUACCACGAAGCCGACGACGAGAGCUACGGGUACGCCAGCUUAGGCGGAGCCGGCAAGGGGUAUACGAAGGUGCUGCUGGACGACGAUGCCGAGUCUGCAACCAGCAUGGACGAGAACACUCAGUACCUGUUCAAGGAGCCCGGCGGCGGAACAAGCAUUGUGGAUGACGACGACGUGCAGCGUGAUGCCGUGAGCCAGCUGCAAGCCACCAAGGAGCUGUUGACCGAGGGGCAGAGAAUCGCCUACGUGGGGAUUACGAGGCUAGAGCUCUCGGCGAUGCUGCAGGAGGCCGAGUCUAUAGUAGCGAACACGGUCAAGGCCAAGAAACAAGUGUCGCUGGCGGCCGAGAGCAUGAAGAUGUGGGGCCAGAAGAUGAUGAUCAGGCUCUAUACCCACAUGGACAUCAGCCCGGCCGAGCAGGUCAUGAUCGAGCAGCUGAGCGCGCACGGCGUGGUGCCCCGAGACCUGACCCCCAUCUUGAUGGCAAAUGCUCGUGUGCGCAACCCAAUGGCGGCCGACGAGGACGCGAGGUCAUCCAUCUCGAGUCCCACCCCGUCUCGCCCGGCCUCGGUCGCGAGCCCCGCGCCCUCCGCGCCGGAACGGACUGCCGAGCCACCCCCUCCCUAUUCGGUGGACGACGACUCGGAACUGACAGCUCCCGUGAGGACGCCGUCGCAGAUGCCCACCACUCAGCGGAUCGACAUCGACAUCCGGUGGACCGUCUUGUGUGAUCUGUUUCUGGUGCUCAUUGCGGACUCCAUCUAUGACGCGAGGUCUAGGACGCUGCUGGAGCGGGUCGCCAAAGACCUCGAGAUAUCCUGGCUGGACAUCUGCCGUUUCGAGAAGAAGGUUACGGACGCGCUAGAGAUGCAGGCAAACGCCGAGAAUGAAAACUGGAACGAGGGCGAGCACAUGGAGAACCGCCGCAAGAUGGCUCUCAAACGACGCUACAUGAUGAUGGGGCUAGCCACCGUGGGCGGCGGCUUAGUGAUUGGCCUCUCUGCGGGCCUGCUCGCUCCCGUCAUCGGCAUGGGCCUGGCAGCCGGCUUCGCGACGAUAGGCAUCGGCGGCACCAGCGGCUUCCUCGCCGGUGCUGGAGGCGCCGCCAUCAUUACGUCGAGUGCGGCCGCGUCCGGGGGGAUCAUCGGCAUUAGGGCCGCCAACAGGAGGACAGGAGCGGUCAAAACAUUCGAGUAUCGGCCUCUACACAAUAACAAGCGGGUGAACCUCAUCGUUACCGUCUCAGGGUGGAUGACAGGCAAGGUCGAUGAUGUCCGGCUUCCCUUCAGCACGGUAGACCCGGUCAUGGGCGACAUCUACUCGGUGCUGUGGGAGCCCGAAAUGCUAAGCAGCAUGGGUGAUACCAUCAACAUCCUCGCAACCGAGGCUCUCACUCAGGGCCUUCAGCAGCUGCUGGGCAGCACCAUUCUUGUCAGCUUAAUGGCGGCGCUUCAGCUGCCUGUCGUCCUUACCAAGCUUGCGUACCUAAUCGACAACCCCUGGGCCGUCUCCCUCGACCGUGCCACCAUGGCCGGUUUGAUCCUAGCAGACUCGCUCAUCGACCGGAACUUGGGCACGCGCCCCGUCACCCUUGUUGGGUACUCCCUCGGCAGCCGAGUCAUCUUCUCGUGCCUCCAGGAGCUCGCAAGGAAGGGCGCCUUCGGCCUCGUGCAAAAUGUCUACCUGUUUGGCAGCCCGAUGGUGGUCAAAAAGGACGAGUACUUGCGGGCGCGCACCGUGGUGUCGGGCCGCUUCGUCAACGGCUACAACCGCAACGACUGGAUCCUGGGCUAUCUGUUCCGCUUGACCAACGGAGGCAUCAGACGCGUCGCCGGCCUCGCCGCCAUCGAGGACAUCCCGGGGGUCGAGAACAUGGAUGUGUCCGAGUUCGUCGUCGGACACAUGGAUUAUCGGACGGCGAUGCCGCGCCUCAUGCGCGAGUGUGGUUGGCUGGUCGAGAGCGACGAAUUUACGGAAAUCGAAGACCCCGAUCCGGACAACUACCGGGAGAGGCAGCGCGAGCUGAUCAGCGAGAUCGAGGAAGCACGAAGAGAACUGGAGAAGGAAGGGAAGGGGUCCAAGGGCGGUGCUUUUGGCUUCUUCAAGCGGAAAAGGGCUCCUCAGAAGCAGGAGUGGGAGGUGUACGAGGAAUCCAAGGGGGCCGGCAAGCGCGGCAAAACAGAGGACAAAGAGGGAAACAACCACGGCGUGCUCUUCGAUGUCGACGCCAUCCGCGCCGAGAUCGCAAAGGAAAACGAAAACAGCAAGGACGCACACAUUGACGAGGAACUACUACAGAUCAAGGAGAUCAAAAGCACGCUGCCGCCCAUCAAACUUGACCUACAUUCCGCGGCUGGUGGUGGCAGUGGGACCGACCCGGGCCUGGUUCCUCCCGCAAAAUCGGCGCGACCGCACAGUCUGCGUGAAACCAAGAGCGCCGAGGCCAUCCCAUCCUCGAGCGAAGACCGAUCGACGUCGUACUACGAGCCCCGUUCGUCUCACGACCAGGCCGGCCCCUCCCGAGAACGGACGCCCACGUUACCCACCACCACCAGCAGCAAGGCAGAAAGAAACAGCCCGUAUCAUGCCUAUGGCUACCCGGCGUACGGCGGAAACGACGGGCUGGAAGAUGACGGCAUCCAGAUGACAUUUGACACGGGCUUUGACGACGAGCCGAAGCCGUCGGCGUCGGCACCGAGUGCUAUCACUGGCGGGGCCUCAUCCGCCGCUACCGCGCCGGCACGGCCGGAGUUCAAGUCGGCGCAAACGCUGCCCAAUAUCACGCUUGCGGAUCCGUGGGCGGAUGAUGACGACGAGGAGUUCGGGAAGGAGAAGGAGAUCCAGAUGACGUUUGCUUAGUCCGGAGCCGGAGUCGGAGACGGGCCGCGGUGAUGCAUGCAUUUUUCACUUGUGGGAGAGUGGGAUCGAGGCUGCGUGCCGGUGGUGGUGGGUGUGGCGUUGCCAGCGGACUAGCUAGCUGGCUGGGGCAUGUCGGUCGGUAAUGGGCAUGAUAUUAUUUAUGGAUUUAGAGGGGUCAUGUUUAAAUGAGGUACAUCUGGGAGCGAGACAGCGGUUGCAUUGGACGGGUUUGAGAGAGGAGUCUAUACACAUAUAUACCACUGCUUCACGAUCGAGGAUAUGCCGGCUGGUCGUCACCAGCACUUUUCGCCUGCAGGUAUCAAUUAUUACCCCGUGCCUAGCUAGCUCACACACUCAACUCGCUCCAAACUCCAGGUAAUCCGUACAACGAAGAAUAACAAUCAAACCACACAUCAGUGACGAAUCACGAACUCAGUCUCGCCCUCCACCACCUCCCUAUCCUCCUUGUCCAAGCGGACCACAUGCGCGUGCCGCGGCCCCUUAUCGACAUGCUUCAGAAACGCCGCAAUGGCGUCCUCCUCGCCUUGGACUUCGCCUUCGACCUAGAACCCGCGGCAGGGUGGGGGAGAGAGGAAGAGCAUGUUAGAACAGACAGACAAACCGCCUAACUAACUAGGUAC